AUGUGUUUUGGCAAUGGAAACAAGGAGGACCCGGACCUCAAGAAGAGUCGCGAGAUCGAGAAGCAGCUGCGCGAAGACCAGAAGAAGAUGGCCAAGGAGGUCAAACUGUUGCUGUUAGGAGCCGGAGAGUCGGGCAAGUCUACCGUCCUCAAGCAGAUGCGCCUCAUCCACACCAAGGGCUUCAGCAUACAAGAGCGCAAGCAAUGGAAGGUCACCAUCUUCCAGAACCUGCUGCACGCGUUUCAGGUCGUUUUUGGCGCCAUGGAGGAGCAAGAGGUGGAUUUUGCCGAGUCAGGAAACAUCCGGUUCGCCGAAGUGGUAGCCGCCGACCCUGAGAUCGGCCCCGAAGAGCCCAUGCCCCUCGACUGCCUAAACGCCUUCAAGAGUCUAUGGCAAGACGGUGGGAUUCAGCUUGCCAUUAGGAAAGGCAACGAAUACGCACUGCACGACAACCUGACUUAUUUCUUCAACGACAUCGACCGCCUCUUCCAGAAAGACUACCUCCCCACCGACCAAGACAUCCUCCGAGCGCGUCUACGCACUACCGGCAUCAGCGAGACCAUCUUCGAGACCGGCCCGCUGACCUACCGCAUGUUCGAUGUCGGCGGACAGCGCAGCGAGCGGAAGAAGUGGAUACACGUCUUUGAUAACGUCCAGGUCGUGCUGUUCCUGGCCGCGAUUAGCGGGUAUGAUCAUGUGCUUGUGGAGGAUCGGAAUGGGAACCAAAUGCACGAAGCCCUGAUGCUCUUCGAAUCCAUCGCCAACAGCAAAUACUUUGAGAAAUCCGCCCUCAUUCUCUUCCUCAACAAAAUGGACCUGUUCCGCGAGAAGCUGCUGUCCGGCUCCUCCCCCAUCGCCGCCCACUUCCCGGACUACACCGCCGACCCGCGCGACGUCGACGCCGGCGCCGAGUUCUUCUCGCGGAAGUUCAAGAACCUCGUCCGCGACCCAGGCAAAGAGGUCUAUGUCAACUUCACGAACGCGACGGACACGAAUCUGCUGGAUAAGACGAUGAAGAGUGUGCAGGACAUGAUUGUGCAGCGGAAUUUGCAUAGUUUGAUGUUGUGA